AGUUGCUUGGUUAAUUUGAUUUAGAUUUUCUUAUCUUCCUUUUACGAAUUGAAACGCAUCAAGUGAGUAUUGAAACGCGGAAUGAUUGAGACGUCAUAAUUUAUUUAUGAUAAAAAAUCACAAGAUAAAAUUGUUAAUUAUUUCAAUUGGCUGGAUCCUUCUGAUAACUAUCUACAAUCAGGAAUCUAGGUCUAUAUAUUGCAAACAUUUGCCUGAAACUUUUAAAGAUUAACACGUCAUGAGUCCCCUACAGGCCAUUUUUAUUGUUUGUUUAGCAGCCUCCCAAAUCCAGGGGGUUCCGCGCGGUUCCAAACCAGUGCCUAGAAUCGUAGGAGGCGAUGACGCCGACAUUCAGGACUUUCCCUACCAGACAGCGCUGUUUCUAGACGAAGCGCUGGUAUGUCAAGGUUCGAUAGUUGGACCUAGUUGGGUGCUCACAGUAGGUCACUGCUUCUACGACAUCGGAGGAACUAGUCUCCAAGGCAGCUGGUCCGUGCGUGUAGGAAGCAGCCAACUGUCUUCUGGAGGUCAGGUAGUGCCGGUCACUGAAGUAAACUUAUACCAACCGUUUGAGUGGUUCAAUUCGGACUUGGCGUUAGUCAAAUUGGAAAAUCCUCUUGAGUACGGACCGUUCAUUCAAGCCGUUCCAUUAGCGGAGAAAGAUAGAGUGUUGAAAAGCGAGGAGCCGGCAGUAGCAACGGGCUGGGGUUCCCUCAUCAUUCGUCAGGAGCCAUCGGAGCAGUUGCAGCAAGUCGAACUCAACGUCGUUCUCACAGAGGAUUGCAAAAUAAGUUACGGAAAAGCUUUCAUUAGCGACACUACGUUCUGCGCCCAGUACGCCCCCGGAGGCAAAGGUAUCUGUACCCUCGACAGCGGCGCACCUUUAGUCGCCAACGGAACUCUUAUAGGCGUUGGAGAAUUCAGUGUGGAAUGUGGCAACGUCGUCGGAUUGCCCGGAGGGGCCUUUGCCAAUGUCGCCCUUUACAGGGACUGGAUAGCAAGCGUUAGCGGGUUAUAGUUGGAAUAAAAUCUUCUAAAUUCUUUGGGUAGUUGUAUAUAAAAUCUUCGAUAACGCUAAAGGGCAUCUCUUUUUGGAAUAUGUGUCUAUAUAUUUCGUGACACGACUUUUAUUUUUAUAUCGAACACAAGCAAACAAUACAUGUAUAAGGGCAAAAAUUGUAGAUACGUACAAUUAUUUAGCAUCUUCUGUCUGAUGGUAGUGUUCAUAUACUCCCGCACAGAGUGGAAACAGUCCCUUCGUAGGAUCUUUUUUACAUAUCUUUCAAAUUUUGUAUUAUUCAGUGCCUUCACUUUUGAUAUUGCUUUAUCAUACAAACACAGAUUUAACGAUUUUUUUGUCAUUCAACAUAUUUAAAUUUCGUGUUGCGAAGGAUAAUCAUGAUAAAUAAUGUAUGUAAUAAUACAUACAGAACAGAAACAGAAAAGUGGUAUGAUUUUCAAUCUUUUGCAGAUAGAGUUAUAAUGUUCUAGGGAACCCGCACAUGCUAUUACUCUAACUAGCUUGAAGUUUAAAAGUCCGAUCAGCUGCAGAAACGUUACCCCACAUUACAAUACCGUAGUUUAGAAAGUCAGCAACUCCUUUAGCCCAAUACUGUGCACUGAGUCCGGAUCGAUCCGAAGACUCCAAAUCUUGCCCAUGUCAAAGCAGGGCACUCAGUGUGUAGAUGAUACGGGGUCUCCACCCCCCUUCCAUGCACCACCUGCACUCCGGGUCGCCUCCAAUGGGGGCUUGCUGUUAUAUCUAUAGUAACAAAGUUGACGCAAAGCGUAUGCAUUUAAUAACUCUACGGAGAGAGCAGAACCGAGUACAAACAUUUUUUUGAGGAAAAAUAUAACUUUUAGCUGGAAUCGCGAAAUUAUUAAAUUUUGAGAAAACAAAAAUUCUAUCCGUUCAA